UUUACGGCAAUUAAAUCUUCCAAAAAAAGUAUAUAUAUCUCCAAAAGAGUAGCUGCCUCCUGAUCCCGAGGCAAAGCAACGGCCAUGGAUCGAUGGUCUGGAGUAGUUCGCAUCUCUCUCAACUCCACCUCCAGUGCCGUCGCUCCCCUCUUCACCAUCGGAGCUUCCCUCCUCCUCUCGCCGUCGUCGUCCCGUCGUCGUCCCAAACCCUAGCCGUCCCAUCGGUGAACGCGAUAUUCUUCAAUGGCGACCGCGUUGAUCGCACCGGGAAUCCUGUCAUCGAGAGGCUCUCUGAUCCACAGCACAUUGCCCAAGUCCUCGUUUCGAAGCUCGGAACCACCGCCAAUGCCUGGGUCAUCGGCGCAUCCUCAUUCGCCGGGCCUUUCGCGGUUUACAAGGACCUAGUGCCGUCUGUGGAUCGGUUUGGAGAUCCUAAGUGCUAUGAUCCCUCUGGAUUCCCGGCUCUCACCUCCACUGCUGCAAUCUUAGCCAAGGCUGCCCAUGAGGUCGAAACUAUUAUUUCAGAAAGCCAAUCUAGGCCAAGAACAUCAGACAUCCAUGUUCCUCUGUCACCAACCUCUCAGCCCAAGACUGUCCUACUCGGCUUUAGCAAGGGAGGAAUUGUUAUCAACCAGAUUCUAACUGAACUUGCCCACUUGACACCUGAAUCUACAGGAAUCCUUUCAGACAAGAAAGAAUCUUCAAUUGAAGCUCAUCACACUACUAUGGAUCACAUCUGCCCCACUUCAAAAGACAGCCUUUUCUCAAGCAUUUCCGAGAUUCACUAUGUCGAUGUUGGUCUGAACUCUUCUGGAGCAUACCUGAACAAUCAAACUACAAUCAAGAAUGCUCUGAAGCGCAUGUUAUCGUAUCAUUCCACUGUAUGUUUUAUACUGCACGGUACACCCCGACAAUGGUCUGAUAAAAACCGCCGGUGGAUUAGGAAGGAAAAAGAUAUACUGCUGCAACUUCUCAGUACUGAAGCCAAUAAUUCAGAAGGUGGACUGCAAGUCAAAGAAAAACUCUACUUUGAUGCAAUGCCUCCCAGUUUGCAAAUGCAUUUCGAAAUAAUAGAAAAGCUUGAUGUUAGUUGAAUGUUUUUCAGCAUCUUUGUUUUUUGCAUGUAAAUUGAUCUCUAUCUGGUAGUGCAAACUUAUUUUUAAGAA